AUGCGGGAUGUCCAAAAUGAGCAUCUGACUCGCUUCAUCGGCGCCUGCACCGACCCGCCGAACAUCUGCAUCCUGACCGAGUACUGCCCGCGCGGGAGCCUCAAGGACAUCUUGGAGAACGAGAGCAUCACGCUGGACUGGAUGUUCCGCUAUUCCCUCACCCAUGACAUCGUCAAGGGGAUGCAGUUCCUGCACAACGGGGUGAUCAUCUCCCACGGGAACCUCAAGUCCUCCAACUGCGUGGUGGACAGCCGCUUCGUGCUGAAGAUCACAGACUAUGGGCUGGAGAGCUUCCGCGUGGCCCCUGACGGCGAGGACUCCCACGCGCUCUUUGCCAAGAAUCUGUGUACAGCGCCCGAGCUGCUGCGGAUGGAGUCGCCGCCGGCCCGCGGCACGCAGAAGGGUGACGUUUACAGCUUCGGCAUCAUCCUGCAAGAGAUCGCCCUGCGCAACGGCGUCUUCUACGUGGAGGGGCUGGACCUGAGCCCCAAAGAGAUCAUUGAGCGGGUGAAGAGCGGGGAGUGCCCCAGCUUCCGCCCCUCGGCCAACGUGGGGUGCCACAUGGAGGAGCUGGGCCAGCUGAUGCAGCACUGCUGGGCUGAGGACGUCCUGGAGCGCCCCGACUUCAACCAGAUCAAGGUCCAGCUCCGCAGGUUCAACAGGGAGAGCAGCAGCAACAUCCUGGACAACCUGCUGUCGCGCAUGGAGCAGUACGCCAACAACCUGGAGGAGCUGGUGGAGGAGCGAACCCAAGCCUACCUGGAGGAGAAGCGCAAGGCUGAGGCUCUCCUCUACCAGAUCCUGCCCCA